AUGACACUCCGAAUCACCAACUGGGAAGACCUGACAUUCAUUUCGGAGGAAGUAGACCCCGACUCCAAUGAAUUCCAGUAUACAUCCUUCGGCCUCAUCGACGACACCGACACAUUCCAUUACGGCCAGCUAAACAAUCCCAAGACAUCAAUCUCGCUCGAAAACCUCACGGCUGCCUUGAAUCCCAUCCCCGACAACACUAUAUUACCCCCAUGGCCCCCUUCAGAAGCGAACCUCCGCAAGGCACCAGACCCACCACCUGCAAACGUUCAUAUCAAACGUCCCACGCUGGAACUAUACAGCAUGCUCAAGAAGAUGGGAAUCGAAAAACAAAUGUCCAGCGCACUCGUAGCAGAGGCGCAAGUCCUGGAAGAGCUAUCGCAGCAUCCACACCCGAAUCUGAUCUGCUACCACGGCUGUCGAGUCGCACGUGGACAUAUCACUGGCCUCGUACUGGACAGACACCCGCACGACCUGCAGAUUCAUGUGAAGCACGGCUACGAGCUCGACAAAGCGCUUUUCAUGGCCGCGCUUGAGUCUGUGAUCCUGCACCUGCAUGGUCUUGGCUGGGCGCAUAAUGAUCUCACCCCGACCAAUGUCCUCGUUAGCGAGGCCGGGAUGCCGGUCUUGAUUGACUUUAGCGGGUGUCAGAAGCUGGGCACGAAGUUGGUACAUAUCCGCGGAACUAAAGGGUGGAUUGAAGGGGAGGUCGGGGAUCAUAAUACGUCGGAGGCAGGGCAUGAUACCUUUGCACUUGGGAAGAUUCGGGUUUGGCUUGAGGAUGCAGGCUUGCGGCAGGAAAUGUAA